GUCAACAACCGCGUCUUGACGUGACCAGAUCCUAGCUUCUCACGGAAAUUUCAGAAGCUCCCAUGAAGAUCUCACUUGAUGGUUCAGGACCAUUCAAGAUUUCCUGAGAACGUUCUUAGAUUUUCCACCCCUCCGCCCUCAUACAUGACCACAGUCAAACGAGGCAUGCCAUGAGCUCAACUCCACGACUGCGGUCGGGCGCCUUCCCGCAGACCCCCGGAACGGUCGCCAGAGGCGCACCUCCGACUCCGUCACCUACCCCGUCCCCAGCAGCGACCCCUUCUACACGAUCCCCUCUGCCGCUGGCGCCGCAAAAUUCUCCCUCCAGAGCUGCAAACACCGCGCCGUUAAUACCUCUGAGGAUCCUCGAUGCACCAACUCAGCGUUUCUACGCCCUCGCCGUGUACGCUGCCUUGCUAGCAUGGAGGCUCUACGACUGGGUUCAGUUGGUUGAGGACAAUGCAGAGUCGUUCUGGCUGCUCUUGAAAUGGAUCGCCAUCGACUUCAUCUUCCUCUUUGGAUUGCCGGAAUUAAGGAUACCAUGGCUCGAGCUGUCCCAACCCUUCGUGGUCAUGGCCUUUUUCGUCCAUGUUGCCCUCAACUUCAUGCUCAUGUUUAACAUCGGGCUACCAUGGCAGUCGUGGCUGCUCGGCAUGCUCAAGGUGUUCUACGAUCGAGAGCUCGCCAUCUCCGAGCACAAUGUCAAGCUGUCUAACAUUUUGCACAAUUCUUCCUUGAUCAUGGGCCGUCAGAUCAUCAACAUUCUCCCCGAAGGCUCCGCCGUCCUCAAUUCCGAAGGUGCUCCGUUUUGUCUGGGAGGCGACCGUAAGGUGGUGCUACUCCCUAUUAACUUCAACUCGACGACCCCAGUUGAAGUCGAGCUGAUUCGCGUCGACCUGGAAACAAAUCGAGAGGAAGUUCUGAGGCUGAGCAGAUCACAACUCCGCGAGAUUGAGCGGCAAACGAAGAGGCAGGCUACAGAUGGAGCUCCAACCGUCGUGCAGUUCGACUAUCCGGCGAAAAAACCCGGCGCAUACCGCCUCGGGAAAGUCCUCGAUGAAUAUAAGCUGGAGGUCCAACGAAGAACACCGUACACCUUUGUCGUACCUUGUCCCGAGGCGGGUUUUGGAUCAACUCCAUCCUCGGGGCGAUGCCUUGGAGACUUGUCUGAUCUAUCACUCCAAGUUGACGGGACUCCACCACUCAAGAUCGUGUACAGUCGAACUAUCAACGGCAAAGACCACAGCUUCCACUUCCAAAGCUUGCAGCCCGAUGGAUUUACAUCGCCGCUGCUCGGCUCUCUCCACUCGACAAACCUAAUCCCGAUAGACGACGAAGAUAUAUCAUGGGCGCGGUCUCAGCAGGUCAAGGUUGGGCUCAACGAAUCCAUGCACACCGGGGGGCAGUGGGAAUAUUCAGUCGACGAGGUCCAUGAUGCGUUUGGCAACAUGGUCAAGUACCUGUCGCCGGCUGAGGAUCCAGAUAUGAAACCUCGGCCAAGACAUCUUUCCCAGCACUUCUCCGUCAAGGAACGGCCUCGUGCAAGGCUCGAGGGGUGCGAUCUACGAAACCCGCUGAAGGUCGCAAAGGGCGAUUCGAAGGAACUACCUGUCGCAUUCCAAAUAUCCGGCCGAACCCGCGAUGAUACCACGCAUACCGUGGCCUGGCAAUUCUCGCCAAUCGAUACCUUGACCAAGAAUGGCGAGCAUGGCGACGUCGUGUCAAUCGGAUCGUACAGCGCAAAGAAUGCUCGCGAUCGCCCCAAGAUUUCCGCUCCAGGACUGUAUACCCUGAAGUCAGUUGCAUCUGGAGCCUGCGAGGGAGAGAUUGAGGAACCCUCGGCAUGUUUGUUGCUAAAUCCCCUGGAACCCCAACUCACUCUCCGCGCCGACGACAUCACGGAUGCGUGUGCAGGCAAUUCGAUUGGCCUGCGAGUCGAUUUGGACCUCAUCGGGACGCCGCCCUUUAUUGUCCGAUACGAUGUUAUCUCUAACGGCGAGGUCCGGUCAGAAAGGACUCAGGUUCUUGGGAUGAGAUCUCAGCUAGAGCUCAUCCCAAGGGUUGCGGGCAGUCACAAGUAUAUCUUCAAGCAGAUCGACGAUGACAUAUACAAGGGCCAGCCGCUCAUCGGAUCAGAAUACGUGCUUGAGCAGGAUGUGAAGCCCGCGGCCUCUGCCAUUAUCCAGCACAGCACUGGGAAGUUGAGUGCCUGCUUGGAAGAGGCAAUCGAAGUCGACAUCUUGCUCCUUGGAGAACCUCCGUUCACCUUGGAAUGGGAACUCGUGCACGACGGUAAGAGAAAGCAACACCGAGCGACCUCGAUCGAAGAGAACACAUUCACAAUCAAGACGGCGCCUCUUACUCAGGGAGGAGAAUACACUCUUGCGCUCACCAGCGUGCAAGACAAGAGGGCCUGCCGCAAUUUCCUGCAUCAGGAAGUCAAGUUGUCUGUCCGGCGCCAGAGGCCGCGGGCUGCCUUCGGAUUGCUCGAAAAUAAACGAAAGGUCAAGGCCAUCGAGGACGCGAAGAUCAAUAUUCCUCUCCGCCUUACUGGCGUGGGGCCAUGGAAGAUUUCUUAUCGGAACCUGAACGAUAAGUCGAGGAUUCUUGAGAAGUCGCUCUCGAGCGAUAACGAUAUACUCGCCGUCAGCGAUCAAGGCAUCUUCGAGAUCAUGGACAUCUACGAUAAACAGUGCCACGGGACAGUGGAUCCGAAAGCUUCGACCUUUGAGGUGAAUUGGUUCCCUCGUCCCGAGCUUUCACUGGUGCCCAAAGAGAGCAUCUCGGAGCAUCGUGGCCAGUAUGUCAAGAAGGACGUCUGUGAAGGUGAUAUCGAUGUGUUUGAGAUUGGCCUCAAAGGAUCUCCUCCAUACCACGUAGAGUAUGAGGUACGACACAAGCCGAGCCAAGGCACCGGCUCGCUCAGCCGGAGAAGCUUCGAUGCUGCGUUCGGAAAGGCAUCGAUCCAGAUGGACACAGCGAAGUCAGGCUUGUAUACGUACAAGUUUUCCUCGCUCGCGGAUAAUCUCUAUAACAGUGAUAAGAGGUUUCAACCGCUCGUGCUGGAGCAGAAGGUCAACGCCAAACCAUCAGCUUCUUUCGUCAAGCCCGGCCAGUCCUUCAAGUAUUGUCUCUCCGAUUCGGAGAACUCGGACAAUAUUCCCAUCACACUCACUGGUGUUGCGCCGUUCUACGUCGAGAUUGAGGUUAAACACCAGACCGGUUCCGUCCCAGAGACGUAUCGCAUCCCUUCCAUCGAAUCCAACUCGUAUGGUAUCCAGAUCCCGAGGCAGUAUCUCAAACUCGGUUCGCAGCAAGUCCGCAUCCGGAAAGUGAGGGAUGCUCGGGGCUGCCAGGAGGAGAUAGAAGUUGGGGGACCCUCAGUCCAGGUUCAACUGUACGACGCACCGGCAAUCUAUCCCCUGGAAACACGCGCCGAUUAUUGCGUGGGCGAGCGCAUCACGUACUCGCUGUCUGGCACGCCGCCGUUCGAGGUGUGGUACACCUUCGACGGGAUGCAGCGGAAGGCCAAGUCGCCGACGACCAACUUCCGCCGGAUCGCGGAGACGCCGGGCGAGUUCACCAUCACGAGCGUGUCGGACAAGGCCAGCGAGUGCCGGGCGUCGGUCGACAUCGUCAAGACGAUCCACCCGAUGCCGGCGGUCAAGAUCAGCAAGGGCCGCAACGUCAAGGUGGACAUCCACGAGGGCAGCGAGGUGGACAUUCUCUUUGAGUUUUGGGGUACGCCGCCCUUCGAGUUCACGUACACGCGUAGCACCAACGAGCGGAAAGGCCAGAAGAGCCAGGUUCUGGAGACGAGGCACGACACCAGCUACGAGCACAGCAAGGUUGUCCGGGCGAGCCAGGAGGGCACGUACGAGGUCGUGGCCAUCAAGGAUAAGUACUGCGCCUUCUCGACCCAGAUGGUCGAGAAUAAGGACAAGAGCCAGAAGCUGUUGACCUUCUGAGCUAGGAACAGCAAGGGGGAGGAGGGUAGAUAGCCUGGGGGGAGGAAAUCAAAUUUGGGGUUUGUCGUUUCUCUCUGUGGGAGGGGGGAAUAUCAUAGCAUGGCGUUUGCGGUUUGUUAUCUUUGUGGAAUAGACACCCCCUUAAGGAUAGGUCGGCAGAUUUUCCGGACAGAAAAGCUUGAGCCCGAGAUGAGCCGUUUGUUUGUUUUUAGUAAUGGAAAAGUGCUAGCAGUGUAUGACUUCUUGAAAGGAGUCGUGACUUGUGAGUACUCAUCAACACAUCCGGCUACCCCUGCCCCCAGCCACACACUUGUGACUGGGAGGGGCUUAGAGUCACCGCGGCGCUGCUCAAUCGCGCAGCAAGCAGGGUCCAGGAAGCAGCCCAGUCAAAGUCCUCGUUACACG